CGGUGCGUUUGCGUGCCACCCGUCAUUCACGGUUACCCAUUUUCCCUCGCUCUAAAAACCCAUAGCUGAUCUUCUUCCCCCCGACUAACUAGCUCUAAUCGUCUCUUGCGUCGUUCCACCUCAAAACGUUCGCAUCUCCUUCCCUCCCACGUUCAUCCACCACCAAAAGAACGACAACGCUCGACUUGGAUACUUCUCCUGCUUUGGGUUCGGAAGUCUUUCUCCAUCACCCAGCGAUCCAUCUCAUAAUGCCUACGCCACUUCCUUCUAGUUUUGCUUCGGCCGCUGCUGGCAACACUGAUGCCUCUCGAAGAGGCGAUGGAACUGCCAGUGGAGAAUGGGCUCGAAACCGCAUGAACGGAGCAACACAAACCUUCCGCCGCCCCUCAGUUGCGACCAACCCUUCCCACAGUCGGGAUACCAGCCAGCCCGCAUCCGCUACGACGCCUACGGCCGGUACUUACACUCCCCCACAUAUGCUUUCCAAUUACCAGUCUAGCGCACUCCGCAACGGGGCAACCAAUGACACUCGGUAUUCCAAAGAACAGCUGUUAGAACUUUAUAAGGCUCAACGGGAGACGGGUAUUUUGGGUAAGAACCUCGCAGAAUAUCUCGCCGCCGACUGGAAUCCGCAGGUAGAGACAUCCGCCGCCAACGGCGCUUGGGGCCGACGGGAGGAUUCGAAAGACAAUCCCUCUGGGCCUGGAGUGUGCUGGGAUCACGGAGGACAGAUGGAACCGUUGAGCCUAGUGGACAUGACUGAUGAUGAGAAAGAGGUGCGUGUCUUUUGUUACCUUUCCUGUUUGCGAAUGGGCCGUCGUGCCCUUGUUUGGGAAGAAGCUGUGCUGAACGGGCGUAGUUGUUUUCCCUCUCAGUGAACUCCCCGCUGAAGCCGCCACCCACCAAUGUACCCAAGGAGAACACAGGC